CUAAACAGGAACUGAUCAUAUGGGAGAAUCUGAUGCAAACAUAGAGACUGUUGGGACUCCGUGACAUAGAUCACCAAGCUGAAAAGCCAAAGAAGGUUUUCAAAGGAAUGCAAAAGGAACAAGAGUUUUAAAAGCAGGAAGCCAAAAGGGAUCUCCAUAAGAUGAAUUUCACCCAGCAUCGUGGGACACUCCAGCCUCUCCAUUUCCGGAAUCACAGCUACAGACUGCAUGGAGGAGCCAGUGAGCCCAACACGAAGGGCCACUCCUCAGGAGGCUGCUACGAGCAACUCUUUGUAUCCCCUGAAGUGUUUGUGACUCUGGGCAUCAUCAGCUUGCUGGAGAACGUCUUGGUCAUUGUGGCGAUAGCCAAGAACAAGAACCUCCAUUCGCCCAUGUAUUUCUUCAUCUGUAGCUUGGCAGUGGCUGACAUGCUAGUGAGUGUAUCUAAUGGAUCAGAAACCAUUGUCAUCACGCUGCUAAACAAUACCGACACUGAUGCACAGAGCUUUACCAUAAACAUUGACAAUGUCAUCGACUCAGUCAUUUGCAGUUCCUUGCUUGCAUCAAUUUGCAGUCUUCUCUCAAUAGCAGUGGACAGGUACUUUACCAUCUUUUACGCCCUCCAGUAUCAUAACAUCAUGACAGUGAAGCGUGUAGGGGUUAUCAUCACAUGCAUCUGGGCUGCUUGCACAGUCUCAGGCAUUUUGUUCAUCAUUUACUCUGACAGCAGUGUUGUCAUCAUCUGCCUAAUCAGUAUGUUCUUCACUAUGCUCAUUCUUAUGGCAUCUCUCUAUGUCCACAUGUUUAUGAUGGCUCGUAUGCACAUAAAAAAGAUUGCUGUUCUUCCAGGGACUGGCCCUGUUCGCCAAGGGGCCAACAUGAAAGGGGCCAUCACUCUCACCAUCCUGAUUGGAGUUUUUGUUGUGUGCUGGGCUCCAUUUUUCCUACACCUGAUUUUCUACAUCUCCUGCCCCUACAACCCUUACUGUGUGUGCUUCAUGUCCCACUUUAACUUCUACCUCAUCCUCAUCAUGUGCAAUUCCAUCAUCGAUCCACUUAUCUAUGCAUUCCGGAGUCAGGAGCUCAGGAAAACAUUUAAGGAGAUUAUAUGCUGCUGUAGCCUGAGAGGGCUUUGUGAUUUCCCUGGCAAAUAUUAAACCAA